CAUUUCUCGCGGUUGAAACUCCAAAACUCCAACCGAAACCCCAAUCCCCGAUUCCCCUCCCCACUCGUCAACUGUGGAUCUCGGAAAAACCCUAGAUCUCACAGGAUUGCUGAGAAUCUGGUGAGCAACACGUCCUGGAAUUAGAGUUAAUCGCUAAUCGCUCUCUCGGUGCCAAAUUCUUCAAAAUGGUGGUUCUUGCAACUUCUAUCAUAACAAAGUCUGGCAAAGUACUUGUUUCACGACAGUUUGUUGAUAUGUCUCGAAUAAGGAUAGAAGGACUGCUAGCAGCAUUCCCAAAGUUGGUUGGAUCCGGAAAACAGCACACUUAUAUUGAGACAGAAAAUGUACGCUAUGUGUAUCAACCAAUAGAGGCUCUGUAUCUGCUCCUUGUUACGAAUAAACAAAGUAACAUCCUUGAAGAUCUGGAGACGCUGAGACUUCUGUCUAAACUUGUACCUGAAUACUCACCCUCUUUAGAUGAAGAGGGCAUCUGUAGUACAGCUUUUGAGCUGAUUUUCGCUUUUGACGAGACCAUCUCUCUGGGUCAUAAAGAGAAUGUGACUAUUGCGCAAGUUAAACAAUACUGUGAGAUGGAGAGUCAUGAAGAAAGACUGCACAAGCUGGUCAUGCAAAGCAAAAUUAAUGAAACUAAGGAUGUUAUGAAGCGAAAAGCUAGUGAAAUCGACAAAAGCAAGAUUGAAAGGGGCAAAGGAGACAAAGGAGGAUUUAUGUCUCUAUCUGGUCCUCAAAGAAUUGAAAGCAAUUUUAGUGAUAUGAGUAUUUCCAGCACUGGAACUGGUUUUGGAAGUGGAUCUGGAUAUGGACUAAGCACUGAUUUGGAAGCCUCCAGCAAGCCAAAAGGAGGUCGACCAUCCGCAGCUGCUACAGCUCCUCCUAAAGGCCUCGGAAUGCAACUAGGCAAAACGAAAAAGACUAAUCAGUUUUUGGAAUCUCUAAAGGCUGAAGGAGAAGUGAUUCUUGAGGAUGUGCAACCGAGUGCUGUUCCAUCAAAGUCAUCUCUUCCACCCAGUGAUCCUAUCACAUUGACCAUCGAAGAGAGGCUUAAUAUAGCAAUUAAGAGAGACGGGGGCGUCAGUAACUUUGAUCUUCAGGGAACUCUUUCUCUUCAAAUUCUUAAUCAGGAGGAUGGAUUCAUCCAAUUUCAGAUUGAAAACCGAGAUCUACCAGGCCUUAGCUUCAAGACCCACCCUAAUAUCAACAAAGAACUGUUCAACAGCCAGCAUGUUAUUGGGUUAAAAGAUCCAAACAGGCCGUUUCCCACGGGUCAAAAUGAUGUUGGCCUCAUGAAAUGGAGAAUCCAGGGCAUGGAUGAAGCCUCUUUGCCUUUGACUGUCAAUUGCUGGCCGACGGUAUCUGGAAACGAAACUUUUGUGAACAUCGAGUAUGAAGCUUCGGAUUUGUUUGACUUGCAAAAUGUUUUGAUUUCAAUACCUCUUCCCGCUCUGCGAGAGGCCCCAAGAGUACAGCAGAUUGAUGGGGAGUGGAGGUAUGAUGCGAGGAAUUCCACACUUGAGUGGUCUAUUCUUCUCGUCGACCAAUCAAAUCGCAGUGGAUCAAUGGAGUUUGUUGUUCCUCCCGCCGAUCCAUCCACGUUUUUCCCCAUCAAUAUCAGAUUUACUGCUCCCAGCACUUUUAGCGACGUGAAGGUUGUUAACGUGACUCCGCUGAGAGGUGGCAAUGCUUCUAAAUUCUCGCAAAGGGUUCAGUUGGUCGCAGAUAAUUAUCAAGUGGUUUAAUCUCGGAUUCUACCAUAUGUUGCACUGUGGUGGUAGUGCACUAGUCAUAUUUUGUUCAGUUUGAUUUAAAUUGGUGAAAACAUUUUAUGCG